AAACAUGAUUUCCGCGCAUUGACGUAUGCAACGAACCGCGAGUGCGGGCUGCACUCAGCUGUGAACUCGUAAAAGUGAGAUCAGAGGAAUGUUGAAGCACGUGUCGGUCUCGCCGUGGAGAGGGCGAGCGGACAGCGUGAGUCUCGCCUCGAGCGGGGGUGCAAGCAGUUGCGGAAGCGGAAGUCCGACCCCUGGUCACACACCGCCACCAUCGAGGGCGUCCUCGUGCGCAUCUCUAGCGCCCUUAACCGCCCUAUCUAGCUUCUCACCGGCGGACGCCAGCCCGCAACAGACGACCAUAAAGGUGUACGCGAACUGCCUGCGGCCAGGCAUCGAGUACAAGACCCUCGGCAUCACCUACGAGACGACUUGCCGCGAGGUGGUCCAGAACUUACUGAACAAAUACCGAAUGAGGCACCGUGAUCCCAGGCUGUUCUACCUCACCAUGGAGGUCACCGUAAGAAGACCAAACGUGAGGACAGUUCUGCCUCUAGACGAGGACGCAAGGCCAGCCGUUUUGCAAUCGUGUCAUCCAAGGGGCGAUUCUAGAUUCUCGUUGCAGACACGCCGCGGCGGACUUGUGAAAAUAUACGACAGCGCGCUCAUGUCCGGGUCCAAGUACAAGAGCCUGUUGGUCUCCGAGCAGACCACCGUAGACGAGCUCAUCCAGAUGCUGUUGAGUUGCUACAGCUCGAAGGAACGUGUCGAACAGUUCUCUCUCUACGAGGUCUGCGAAGGCGAGGAGUACCAAAGGAAAUUGCACCCGGACGAUUCACCCCUUAAGGUCACGCAACGAUGGACAAGCGUUGACCGCCAUCUUCGUAUAAGGCGCAAUCCUGACUACAAUCCACACAGACGAAAAAGCAUGUGGGCGUCCGACUCGAGCAUCAGCGUGGCGAUGUCAAGACUGAACCUCCACGGAAGCCAUCCAGCUCACUAUAGUCAGCCCCACGACAACAACCGUAUGUCGUUGUACCACAAGGACGCACCGUCGAUCAACAACAACAACAACAACAACAACCACAACAACAACAACAACAAUAUCCACAAAGUUGACAAUCAUCAUCUGUCGCUGGGCUCGUUGAACCAACAACCAAGAAUUGUUGUUCCCCACGCAACCCAGCUGCCCCAAGUGCAAAUGUCACGGAUCCAACAAUUGGCUCAAAGUGUACCGUCUACACCGAUCACCUCAAAACACGUCACGGCGUCGUCUUACGCGGACUACGAGAAUUAUUUGUUCAUAUAAGGUUCGAACCUUAUUAAUUUAAGGUUUAAACCUGUUUAAUA